ACCGAAAGUGUUCAUUCAAAUCAGAGCGUGAUUACAACGCUUCGUCGUCUUAUUAUAAGAUAGACAGUCAUCGCAACUUCGCGCAAUUUACCACCUCAAACACUCUGACUAAAGAAAUACAUCAACAACCUUCCUCCUGCUUUCGCGCUUUUAAUCAAAACAAUACAUACUGCGUUCUCUAGGAACCCCGUGUUGUUCUUUGCCACAUCCAACAUGGCGGACACGUACGCUUCCGCCUUCAGCUCGGCGUUUCACAGUUAGCAUUAGCGUGCUGCUCAACGCGCUCGCCGUGUUAUUCGAACAACAGCGCGACCAACGAUAAAUGGAGCAACUUUUCGGAGGACUUUAGCAGCGUGGGACGUUCGUCGGCGCGCGCGCGAGAAUGUUGUCGUCCCUUUGGAAUUUUGUCAAGCGCCACAAGAGGAAAUUUCUCUUCACCGGAGCUGUGGUUGGGGGUGUAUAUCUCUUGGGCAAUUAUGCUCGCUCCAAAAUCAGGCAGCUCCAAGAGAAGGAGGCCACCCACUACAUUAAUCAGGCCAGGCGUCAAUUCCACUUUGAGAGCAACCAGAGGACGUGCAACUUGACCGUUGUUUCCAUGCUGCCUCCUCUGAGGGAGGCCAUCGUCAAUCAACUCAACUCUGAAAGCCUCACCGCCAUCCUCAAGGCCAGGCCGGCUAAUAAAGUGGAGAUCUGGGAGGAUUUGAAGAUCAUUAGUUUCACACGCAGCCUGGUGGCCGUGUACGGCACGUGCAUGCUAGUGGUCCUGCUGAGGAUCCAGCUCAACAUCAUCGGAGGCUACCUGUACCUGGACAACUCCGUGGGAAAGUCCCCUACGGCUCCGAAGGCUCCGGCGGAGGUCCAGCAGCAGUACUUGUCCAGCAUCCGACAUCUCCUCGGCGACGGGUUGACGCAGUUAAUCACUGUGGUGAAGGAGUCCGUGCACAACUCACUGGAUGGCGUGCAUCUGAAGCAGACUUUGAGCCUGUCGGAGUUGGAGCGCCACGUGAGCGGGAUCCGAGCCCGUGUGGAGGCGUGCCCCCGCCGACCGCUGUCCUCCUACAUGAUGGCCCCCGACGACGACGCCCUCGCCGACCAGGCGUGCGGUCUGACGGAAAAGGACGUCCUGACCAUCCGCCUGCUGGACGAGACCCGGGACGUGAUGGACAGUCCGGACUUUGGCGCGGUGUUGAGCGCCUGCCUGCAGCGGGGAUUCGCUCGUCUCCUGGACAACCUGGCGCAGUUCUUCCACACGCCGCCGGCUGACGCCGACCCCGACUGCCUGCCGUCUGUCACUCUACCGCUGGCCAAGAUCAUCCCCGUCGUCAACGGUCAAAUCCACACCAUCUGCAGCGAGACGCCGGGACACUUUGUCCAGGUAAGCCCCACCCCCGUCGGAAUUCACGUCACGCACGUGUGUUGCGUUUGUCCACCCGUCCAUCAGGAGCUCCUGAUGAACGACGACGUGAAGGAGUUUGCGGCCAACGUCUACGACAGCUUCAGCACGUAGGACGUCCUCGCUCAACGCGGACUCGCUGAUGAAAGCGCUGUUGUCUUGUCAUGGUGGCGGUCCGGCCACCAGGAGGCGCUGUUUUACAUCUGCGCGGAAAAGACUAAAAGAAGCUGACUCAGGAUGACAACACCGCUAGUUUUUUAUUAUUUUUUUAAACAUGAAAUCUGAUGCAAUUAUGGCACAAAGACGCUACAUUAGAGGUUUAUAGGACAUAUAAUGUUGUGUGAAUAAACUUCAAACCGUGUACGGAACUUUUACACGAAUUUUA